AUGUACCGCUGCAGAGACGUCAAUAUUACUUGAAACUCGGCACAAGCGCGCCGUGCCGUGUUUCGCUCGCGAGGAUAUUCACUGACAAUUAUUUAACAGGAUUGUGUUGCCGUCAUUCGCACUUUACUGUUACCUAUAAACAAUGGCCGGUCAGUUAUAAAGUGAAUCACUUAUGGCUUAAUGUGCGUGAAGUUUUUAGAGUGUGAUAGCGCUUAUCUAAAAUAUAGAAUUUGAAAAAUAAAAAAUGUCAGUUAUAAAUAAUAUGGAUUCGAUAGUUACGUCGACAGAAAACAAAGUUAAACAAGAUGCUUCGACCGUUGUUAUUUCCUGGUGCCGUUCAAACUGGACCAAGCUUUUAUCGGAGGUUGUUGCCACAUUCUUACUGAUAUUUCUGGGAUGUGCAUCAUGUAUACCUAUAGAAGGAUUCGACCCCAUGCCGCCCAUGUACGCGCCGCUCACAUUUGGGUUUGCCGUUCUGAUAAACGUGCAAACGUUCGGUCACAUUUCUGGGGCACACAUGAACCCCUGCAUAACUCUACUCUCAGUAUUCUGGGGUAAGAUGUCAUUUCUGUUAGGAGUAUGCUACUUCAUAGCACAGGUUCUGGGAUCUACUUUUGCGUCGUGGGUUUUAUUAAAUGUGUCACCAGUGGAUUUUGUUACGGAAGGAGUGUGCGUGACGCAGCCCCACGUGGGGCUCGAAGCGUGGCAAGCUGUUAUUAUAGAAGUGGUAUUGACGUGCACACUUUGUCUAAUUACCUGUGCACUUUGGGAUCCUGUUAAUGAGAAGAACCAGGAAUCUGCUGCGAUUAAAUUUGGGUUAACUGUGGCUGGGUUGUCGUUCGCGGGCGGGCCGCUGACCGGGGCCAGCAUGAACCCAGCGCGCACGCUCGGCCCAGCGCUGAUGGCGGGUAAAUGGACUGUACAAUGGAUCUAUUGGGUAGGACCGUUCCUUGGAACUUUCAUAGCUGGGUUAUAUAUGUUUAUAUGGCUCGAAAAACCGAAAAAAUCAAUAUAAGACUAGUACUUACUAAAAAAAACCUUUUAUAUUUGAAUAAAAUUAUAUUUUU